AUGUUGCCAUCCAGGGAGGAUUCAUUCACCAUCCUUCAUUCUCAAUUCAUGUCUGCCCCGCUUGACGAUUGUUUGCAAUUCCUUUCUUGGCUAUUUGAAGGUGCUCUACCACGUUGCAUAUCUAGCUUUUCACCGACAGCAUGUGAAGAGCGAGAUGCGCUGGCAAUAAGUCACUCAAGUACCCCUCAUGAGACUGAACAAAAUCAGCGUGAUUGCAGGAAGGCCGCCCGAGGAGGCUCAAGAAAGAAAACGCCAUGGUCCACAGAAGAGGCAGAAUUUCUACUGAAUCUGAAGAAAGACAAGAGUCGGUCUUGGUCAGAGGUUGCAAGGUUAUUCUUGGAGCACUAUCCAGGGAGGACUCCAGGCGUGAUACAGGUACACUGGAGCACGAUUCUCAACAGGAAAGCAGAUUAA